AAAAUUAUUAAAAAAAAUGAAAAAGAAAAAGUGGAUGUAAGAGAAAGUUUGGGAGAGGUUGGACCAAGAGGGGCAAAAUGGGAAAGUUUGGUAGAGAAGUCUUUCACCAACAUCACCACCACCACCGCAUUGGGUUUCAGAUUUCAGCUUAGAAGAGUGUGAGGUGUGAAGAAGAAGGAAAAAUCGUAAUGUGGGCUGAAGCUCUAAAGCUCUCUACUUGUACUAAAAUACUAUAAUGAGAAGAAGAAGAAGAGGAAGAAGAAGAAGAAGAACAAGUUCCUUCAUUUCUAUUGCUUAGAGCUACUAUUCUUCUUCAAAUCACACUUCACAUCCAACCACCAAGACCCUUCUUCUUCUUGCUUGGUGGUUACUCAUGGAGUCAUCGGAGAAUUGUUCUGUGAAGGUUGCUGUUCAUGUUCGCCCUCUUAUAGGCGAUGAACGCCUCCAAGGCUGUAAAGAAUGUGUCUCUGUCACACCCGGAAAGCCUCAGGUACAAAUCGGCUCGCAUUCCUUUACAUUUGACCAUGUCUAUGGAAGUGGUGGAACAGCAUCAACUGCCAUGUUUGAUGAAUGCAUUGCUCCACUUGUGGAUGGUUUAUUCCAAGGAUACAAUGCCACUGUGCUUGCUUAUGGUCAGACGGGAUCGGGGAAAACAUAUACCAUGGGGACCGGCUCCAAAGAUUGUAGCCAAACAGGGCUGGUUCCUCAAGCUAUGAAUGCACUUUUCAGCAAGAUUGAAACGUUAAAACAUCAAACAGAAUUCCAGCUGCAGGUUUCCUUCAUCGAGAUCUUAAAAGAAGAAGUAAGAGACUUAUUGGAUUCUGUAUCCCUGAACAAAAUGGAAAAUGUUAAUGGACAUGCUGGGAAAGUUUCUGCUCCAGUUAGACAGCCCAUACAAAUUCGAGAAUCAUCAAAUGGAGCCAUAACACUAGCAGGAUCAACUGAAAUGUCUGUUAGAACAUUACAGGAAAUGGCUGCUUGCUUGGAGCAAGGAUCUUUAAGCAGAGCAACUGGAAGUACUAACAUGAACAACCAGUCAAGUCGGUCACACGCCAUCUUCACAAUCACCUUAGAACAGAUGCGGAAAGUUCAUUCAGUUUUUCCUGGCAAUGACUCUCCAGAUGAGGAUAUGGGUGAAGAAUACUUUUGUGCAAAGCUCCAUUUGGUAGAUCUUGCUGGAUCUGAACGAGCUAAGAGAACUGGUUCUGAUGGUGUUCGUCUUAAAGAAGGUAUACAUAUCAACAGGGGCCUUCUAGCACUUGGAAAUGUUAUCAGUGCACUGGGGGAUGAAAAAAAGCGGAAAGAGGGUGUUCAUGUUCCUUAUCGAGAUAGUAAACUCACUCGACUCUUGCAGGAUUCACUAGGAGGAAACAGCAAGACAGUUAUGAUAGCUUGUAUCAGCCCUGCUGACAUCAACGCAGAGGAAACUCUUAAUACUCUUAAAUAUGCAAAUCGUGCCCGGAAUAUCCAGAACAAGCCUGUUGUUAAUAGAGGUCUAGAAUCCAAUGAAAUGCAAAAGAUGCGACAGCAGGUGGAAUUCUUGCAGGCAGAGCUAUAUGCUCGUGGGGGAGGGGCUCUAUCUGAUGAAGUACAGGUUCUUAGGGAACGGAUUGCAUUUCUUGAAACAAGCAAUUUGGACCUUUCUCGAGAACUUCAUGUAUAUCGCAGCAGACGUGCUGUAGUGGGGCAGUGUGAAGCAGAUGUUCGAGACGGCUAUGCUUCUCUGACUAAGAAUGAUGGACUUAAGAGAGGUUUUCAAAGUAUUGAUGCUGCUGAUUAUGAGAUGGGUGAAAUCAUGUCAGGUGAAAAUUCCAGAGAAGUUGAAGUUGCAACAAAAGAGCGAGAACAUGAAUUUUUGCAGAAUACAUUGGAUAAGGAGUUGAAUGAAUUAAACAAACGCUUGGAGCAAAAAGAGUCUGAAAUGAGACUUUUCGGAGGGAUUGACACAGAAACACUCAAACAGCACUUUGGAAAGAAAAUAGUGGAACUCGAAGAAGAGAAAAGAAUUGUGCAGCAAGAGAGAGAUCACUUGUUGGCUGAAGUUGAGAGUCUUGCUGCCAAUUCCGAUGGACAAGCGCAUAAAGUUCACGAUCCUCAUACACAAAAACUAAAAUCUCUAGAAGCCCAGAUUUUAGAUCUUAAGAAGAAGCAAGAAAGCCAAGUCCAACUUGUAAAGGAAAAACAGAAAAGUGAUGAUGCAGCAAAGCGCCUGCAAUCUGAAAUACAAUCUAUUAAAUCUCAGAAGGUUCAGUUGCAGCAUAAGAUAAAGCAAGAGGCAGAACAAUUCCGACAGUGGAAGGCAUCUCGUGAAAAGGAAUUGCUGCAGCUAAAAAAGGAAGGAAGGAGAAAUGAGUACGAGAGGCAUAAACUUGAAGCCCUGAACCAGCGUCAGAAAAUGGUUCUCCAAAGAAAGACAGAAGAGGCUGCAAUUGCUACCAAACGGCUAAAGGAAUUAUUGGAAUCCCGAAAGUCUACUGUUCGUGACAACCCAGCCAAUUCCAAUGGACAUACAUCGGCCACUCAGAGCAAUGAAAAGUCUUUGCAGAGAUGGCUUGAUCAUGAAUUGGAGGUCAGCGUUAAAGUGCACGAAGUCCGUUUCGAAUAUGAGAAGCAAAAUCAAGUACGAGUUGCAUUGGCAAAAGAGUUGGCCUUAUUAAAGCAAGUGGACCAGUUAUCUUUGGAUGGGAAUAGUCCCCCAAAAGGAAACAAUGGAUAUUCCAGGGUGUUGUCCAUGUCACCGGAUUCAAGAAAGGCUAGAAUAGAAUCUGUUGAGAACAUGCUGAGCAUGUCUUCGAAUGCACUCAUUGCAAUGGCAUCACAGCUUUCAGAGGCAGAGGAAAGAGAGCGUUCCAUGAUUGGUCGUGGACGGUGGAACCAGCUGCGUUCGAUGGGAGAUGCUAAGAACUUGCUACAGUACAUGUUUAAUACAACUGCAGAAGCAAGGUGUCAGUUAUGGGAGAAGAACUUGGAAAUUGAGGACAUGGAAGAUAAGCUGAAUGAGCUAGUAACCUUGCUGCAAAUAAGUGAAACUCAGCGAAAGGAGCUCGUACGGGAGCAAAGGGCAAAGGAGCAAGCUGCUGCUGCUGCUACUGCAUUGGGAAAAUCAGAUUCGGGGAAUUCUCGUUCUUCAUUGAAACACCUCGCGGAAGAUAUGAGUGGUCCCUUGUCUCCAAUGUCACUUCCAGCACCAAAGCAGCUCAAAUUCACUCCAGGUGUAGUUAAUGGGACAGUUAAAGACUCGGCGACAUUUAUAAACCAAACACGAAAGAUGGUGCCAAUGGGACAAUUGUCAAUGAAGAAAUUAGCAACCGUCGCUCAGGCUGGGAAGCUCUGGAGGUGGAAGAGAAGUCAUCAUCAGUGGCUCCUGCAGUUCAAAUGGAAGUGGCAGAAGCCAUGGAGACUUUCCGAAUGGAUUAAGCAUAGCGACGAAACUAUAAUCAAGUCAAGGCCUCGCCCACAACUCCAACUAUGAUGCAACAACCUCACCUUAGAAAACAGAUCCUUUGUAUAUACUUUUUAACUGCCAUGUGUGAUCCAACAUGGAACUUGACAAAGACAAGCAUUGAUGAAGGUGGUGUGCUGUAAAACUGUUAGAGAGGAAACUUGACAUGUUUGGUGCUCAGAUUGCAAAAGGAUGGCAAAUCCACUACAUCGAAAGCGCCUUAUUGUGCAGGCAAUAAUGUUUCAAAUUUUUUCUUACGAGGCCGCGAAAGGUGAGUGAUUGAAGCUUUGUGCAUGGAGUGAAAUGAGUAUUUAGGUGAUACAAGUUAUGUUGUUGUUGGUGAUGCAAACAUAAGAUGCUAAUCCUUCUUGUUCAAUAAUCUUUUUUAUUUUUUUGUACAUUUUCAUUAGUUUGAAUGGAUGAGUGAGAUAAUAAGUUUUGUAUUAUCUUGUUGAUUCUUCUGUCUGUCACUGCAAAACCUUCUUUUCUAGUAGAAUUUUGGGUUUCAUUCUUAAACAAGGGAAGCAAUAUUACUGUAUUGUAUUGAACAAUAAACAUUUAAUGCCUUCAACCUUUUCUCAUUUUCAAAA